UGUGUGGGGGUGGUUGGGCAGAGAGAAGCAGCUCUGUGAGAUCUCAUUCAGGGUGGGCAGCUGAAUGCUGGCACCUGAAGAGAGACCAGCAAACUCUGUGCCAGGUCCUAAUCUGGGGAAAGAAAUGCAGUGAUAUCAGGGACAAUUCUAACCAUCUGGGCUCUGGCCUGCUGGGUCGGGCCUGGUUAAAGUGCAGUUUCCUGGCCUGGGUCUGGGGGCAGCUCUAAGUGGGGAUCAGAGCUCCCCUGGCCCCGGGGAUUCAGGAUGCUCUUUGGUCCUUGUCAGUGCACCUGGCUGAGGAUGAAGCUGCCCUGUCCUGGCUGGCUGUAAUCCAGCACUGAGCAAGGCCCUUGCUCUCCCUGCUUGUCUCAACAGCAUGAGCCAAGACAAAGGUGUUGCCCUAUGCAGUGGGUGGGUGGGAGAAAGCCCUAGUGUGAACAGAAGUCAUUUCCUUCCUUUUCCCUGGAGCAGCAGCUAUGCAAAGGGUACUGAGCUCUGCUGCAGUCAGUCAGCAAGCAACAGUUUAGUGCCCAGGACGCCCAGCGGUGCAGCGCUUCUUCUGCUGGGUCGUGGGGCCAGAGUCUGCAGAUAAUGCACAAGGCCAGGAGGGCCCCUGUGGGCAGCCAGUCUGACCUCCUGGAGGGAACAGGCCUCCAUGUUUCCUUGGGCAGCCUCAGGAUUGCUGUUGGCACCACCGGGCAGAAGGAACAGACCUCACCUGCAUUCAUGUUGUGUCUCGUUAUCUUUGCAGGUCAUGCCCUUGGCCUAGCUGCUGCACAGAAGGCUGUGCUGACCCUGGACCCUCCCUGGAGCACCGUGUUUAAGGGCGAGAGCGUCACUCUGUCGUGCAGUGGAUCCCGCUCUGCUGGAAGCACUCGCACCUCUUGGUAUUUGGAGGGACAUUCCUUGAAAUCAACAGAAACAAACAUCUUCCCAAUUAAAGCUGCAGAACUCACAGACAAAGGCAGAUACCAGUGCAAAACCAGUAACUCUACACACAGUGACACCAUCCAGCUGACUGUCUCUGCAGGCUGGCUGAUUCUCCAGGCCCCAUAUUAUGCAUUGUUUGAAGGGGACCGGUUGGUUUUGAGAUGCUGUGGAUGGAAGGAUGGUGAAGUUUAUGGGAUGAGAUACUACAGAUAUGGAACAGCCAUCAUACCAAGGCAGGUUCAGGCCAAUUAUACUAUUGAACAAGCAAAAACAACAGACAGUGGCAAAUACCGAUGUGAAGGACAAGUGAAAUCUGGUUUGCUUUAUUAUGCAAGCAACUCUAAUGAGGUGUUGGUUCUUGUCCAAGGUAAGGAACUGCUGGGGGUGUUGGGCUGGGCAGAGAUGAGGCAGCCACAGGAUGCAGGGCAGGAGGGCACUGACCAUGGGAGGGGGAAGGAUCCCUUGGGUUGGAUUCCCUCUGGUGCCUCUAGCCCCACUGCUGUCUGCCCCUGGGUUCACUGUGGUGCCACCGCCCUGACUGCUGCAGAGCCAGGCCAAGGGGGAGGUGAGACCAGAUCAGAAGCCCUGAUCUCCAGCUGUCCGAGCAGAAACCUCACAGUGCUACAGACUGAAACAAGCAAAGAAAAUGCAGUGGACAACAACAGGACAGUGACAAUAGCACAAAGCACAAGGCCAGAAGAGAGCCCUGUGGGCAGCCAGUCUGACCUCCUGGAGGGAACAGACCUCUGGGCUUCGUUGGGCAGGCUCAGGGUUGCUGUCAGCACCACCGGGCAGGAGGAUCAGCCCUCACGUGCACCCAUGUUGUGUCUUGUUAUCAUUGCAGCUCACGCCCUUGGCCUAGCUGCAGCUGCACAGAAGGCCGUGCUGACCCUGGACCCGCCCUGGAGCACCGUGUUUGAGGGGGACAGCGUCACUCUGACGUGCAGUGGAUCCCGCUUUGCAGGAAGCACCCGCACCUCUUGGUAUUUUAAUUCUGGGGAGCAUGUCUCUGAAUCAACACAAAGAAACAGCGUCCAAAUUAAAGCUGCACAAGUGAAAAACACAGGCAAAUACCAGUGCGAGACCCGUGGCUCCACACGCAGUGACCCCGUCCAGCUGACUGUCUCUCGUGGCUGGCUGAUUCUCCAGGCCCCGCAUUAUGCAGUGUUCGAGGGGGACCGCCUGCUUCUGAGAUGCCGCGGGUGGAGGGGUGGUGAAGUGCAUGGGAUGAAAUACUACAGAAAUGGAGCAGAGAUCACACCAAGGCCUGUUCAGUCCAGUUAUACUAUUGAUCAAGCAAAGACAACAGACGGUGGCAGAUACCAAUGUAAAGGAGAAGUGAUAUAUGGUUCUGUUUAUUAUCCACGUGUCUCUAAUGAGGUGCUGGUUCUUGUCCGAGAGCUGUUUUCUACACCCGAGCUGAGGGUGGCCGGCUCAGCUGAAAUGAGAGAAGGAAGCUCCCUGGCCCUGAGCUGUGUCACGCAGCCCAGCCCUGAGAAACCUGACCUACGGCUUCAGUACUCCUUCUACAACAACAGCACGGUCGUGAGAGAGCCAACGAGCUCCCCCGAGUACCAGGUCCCAGAGGCAGGGCUGGCAGACUCGGGACCCUACUCCCAUGUGGUGCAGGCGGUGACCUCAAGUGUCCAGAAACGCAGCCCUGAGCGAGACAUCGAGGUUAAACGAGUCCCCGUCUCUGGAGUCACCCUGGGGGUGCAGCCCCGCAAUGGGCAGGUGGUGGCAGGGGAGUGGCUGGUGCUGAGCUGCUCCGUGGCUGCGGGCACGGGGCCUCUCGCCUUCUCCUGGCACCGGGAGGGCUCUGGCCUGGCUCUGAGGACAGAGACUCUGCGCUCACGGAGGAUGGACUACGAGAUCCCUGCUGCCAUGGAGAGCGAUGCCGGGGAGUAUUACUGCGCUGCCUCCAAUGGCCAUGACCCCGUCCUGAGCCCACGGGUGAUGGUCACAGUGUGGGCCCAGAUCCCAUCGCUGUCCUAUUGCCAAGCCAAGGGGCUCAUCCUGCUGGGGCUGCUAGCAGUCCUGGUCUCUGGGAUCAUCGCUGUGCACGUGCUCACUGGGAGGAAGCAAAGACGUGACUGAAAGGUGGAGAGCUGUGGAUGGGACAGUGGUGGAGGCUGCUAUUUUGAGUAUUCCCCAAACCCCUCACUGUGCUGGUAGUCCUGGAGUGUCGCCGAGGCAGAAGUGGAAAGUUGUAUACCCUGGACAGAGAUGCCAGGAGCCCGUCUGCGCUUGCUCUGCUGUGUACAGGCUGCUGCCCCAGUGUCCCCCCUUCUAUGCACUGUUCUGGCCUGGCACAUUCAUCAGCUCUUGUGUGGACUCACAUGCACGGGUUUGAUUUCAAUUUUUAUAGUUAAAGUGCUUCCAAGAUCCAAGCCUAAGGUCCGCUCCUUGGGCUUCUGCUGCAUGAGAACACAAGAACUACCACUUACUGGGUGACCACAGCUCCCUCUUGCCCAGUCUCCUGUGUCUCAGCGGCACAGGGAGCUGGGUCUGACCAGGGGUUUUUCCAUCGUUCCUCUCUCACUUGCAGCCUCCAGCGCUUAAGGUCUGGGAUGUUCUCAUUCAGAGGCUGCACCUCUAACUCUUAUGCUUAAUAGCCACGAAUGCACCUUUCCUCUGAGAAUUUGUCCAGUCCCUUUUUGAAUCUGGCUAAACUGGCAGUUCAUGGC